AUGCAAUGGCAGGUUUUGUUUAGCCUUGAGGCCGUGGCCACGCCUACGAUUUUCCCUCAACGGCUGACAGAAAGUGUGUAAGGCCGCAAUCCGGGCCUGACUGGAAGGAAAAGAAACUGGUUGCGGCCAACGGCACACAAUAACUUUUGUUGUGGGUUUUCUUGGUUUUGAAGAGGUGCUUUUUGAUAAAAACGGAUGGAGAAGUGAUCAAAACCACGAUUUAAGUUUUAUAUUGGGAACGAAAAUCCGAAUAUUUUUACAAUCAACGUUAAGAAGACAAUGAACGAAGAAAACAUUGCAAAUGAAAAAUCUUACUUUUAAUUCUUCAACUAAAAGGUAACAGCCCUAAAUCGUAAGUAGAAUGGAUCGACGCGUAACGGCCGAUUUUAAUGAGUGUCCGACCCAAAGUGACUUGCGCGUGAGAGCAUCGAAAAUUGUUAGAUAAAGCUUCCGAGCAUAAAAGCUAUCACGAAGCUUUUAGCCAUUCUACGUGCGACCACGGCUUUUCAAGUUGGGGCGAGUUCGUCUGUUUUUUUUUCGAAAAUUAGUUGUUGAGGAUUUUAUUGGAGAAAAAUAGAAAGAAAAGUGAUGAAAAAUCGCCUUUAUUCACAAAAAGAGAAGAAAUUUCGUUCGAUUCCUCUAAAAUCAAGUUUCUGGCAAUCACAAAUAAACAAAAAAUACAAGUUAGUGUAUGGUGGAGUUCAUGGGCCAUAAUGAGGUUGUUUUUGUUGGGAAAAUAAAACAAGUAAAAAGGUGAUAAUCAUCUUACUUCCUUUAACUAAAUUGAAAAAUCAUUCGAUUCCUCUCACGAUAAAAAAAAAACUUUGUUUUUUUUGAACAAAACAACAUAAUCGAAAGAAGCUUCCUAAUCAGUUAUAGAAACUAGUUUUUAUAUAAAUUUACUCCGCAACUUACUAGGGAUCGGAAUGAUAAAAGCUUAGUUUAUCUUACAUCUACAGUAUCUUCGAAGCUUUUCUUGCGUUCUAUCCAAGUAUUUUGAACUAUUACUGACUCACAAUAUUUUGAGCCAUGGUUCAAAGGAUCGCCGGAUCUCCGAGAUUGUGGCUCGGUAAAUUGAAAUAGUGCGUGUGAAUGAAGGUUUAUACGUUUUAUUUUUCUUAAAAAUCUGGCGUUUAUUGAAUUAUAAUAUUUUAUCGGAUGCUUUUCUGUCAUGUGUAACUUCAGUUAAAAAGAUCGAAAAGCUGAAAAAAUGUCUGUUUUGAACUAAAAGAGAUAUGACUGUGAGUAUUUGCUAACCUUAUUCUUUACGUAACUUUUUUUUUCAAUCAAUAACUUUUUCAGGACUUUUAGAGAUGCUUGCUUCGAUUUUCACUGUCCCGGUUUUGGUGGUUAUUCCAUUGGUUCGUUUCGAACUUUAUGAGCUUUUCUAAAUGUUCAAACUUGGUUCGUCAUUUUCGUCUUUUCUUGUGAGGUUCAAGAAAAAAUAUACUCGUUAGAUUGCAUAAUGAGCAUGUUUUUUUUUCAAAUGCAUGUAAAGGAAAAUUAAAAUUUAUCGAGCAGAAUGAGAAAAAAGCCUCCAUGCACUACACCUACUGCGCUCCACGGAUACACUUUUUUUUAACUGGCCAUGCUUCUUAAUAUGAGAAAAGAACUCGAAAGCUAUCGAAGAAAACUAAGAAUUAGAAAAAAAAAAUGAGGGUUGAACUCUUUUGAAAGUUACAUUUUUCAAAAGUCCAAGUUUGUUUUCUAAUGGACUUACUUUCUUCAAGUGAAAGCGUGAUUCCAUAUCGUUUCUAUAGAGAAAUGUUUUCUUUUUUUGACAAGUAGACCUAGAAUUUAAUAAUUUCAUAAAUUUUGCGCAAAUUAGGUUAAGUUGUCAAGUCUUUCUUUAACGUAAAAAUAUGAUUGACUUUGGUUUUUUUCGUCUUUUUUUUUUUGUUCUCUCAAGAUUAUAUUGUUUUUUUUUUCAGAUUUCACAACAUUUUCCUCAGUUUUGAAAAGACAGCUGUAUUAAAUUUUCAUUUUCAAAAAUCACAUGCAGUUAUAUUCUUCGGGGGUUCAAAGAGCACAAAAUUAAUAAAAAACGGCUGCAUUUGAAUUUUAAACGUUUGUGGAAGGAUUUUGUUUCUGAUUACUAGAAAAAUGGCAGGUGAGAAUUUUUAAUAAGAAAAACAGUGGUAAACUGGAAUUUGAUUAAGAAGUUAUACUCAUUAAGUUCCAACUGCGUUCCGCCAAUUAAUAUAUAACUUUUUUUGUCGAAAUUCAGCUGUCCCCAAUUCACAUAAUAAAAAAACUCAUUUAUCAGUCAGUCGAUUUUAGAGAAACCCUUCAUGAAGCUGACCCUUUGCGAUUCCUUUAGUAUUUUACCUGCUAGCGAUCUUCGAAUCGCGGAAUUUAUCACUUUCGGCAUCACUUUUCCAUUGAAUAUCCUCGCUUUCUAUUGUAUCGCCUUCAAAUCUCCGCCGAACAUGUUGCAACAGUACAAGUAUCUGCUGUUCAACUGUCAAAUUUGGUGAGAAAAAAAUUCAUUGAAAAAUAUAUAUUCAAGUAAAUUCUUUUUCUGAAAUUUUUUUGUUAAAUUUCCUUUUCAGGACUUUUUGCCGUAGAUAUGUUGGCCUCUGUUUUCGCUGUCCCGGUUUUUUUUAUGUACCUGCUUGGGGAGGCUACUUCAUCGGUUUAUUCCAAACUAUGGGAAUGCCACCAAAUGUUCAAAUCGGCCUCAUGGUUUUUGUGUCUCCUUGUGAGUUUAUAUUCAUUUUUACUCCUCUUACCUGUGUUUUAAAGCGUUUUUUUAAAUGAAAAACACUUCAAACUUUAUAAAAAUCAUGUGAGAAUCAAGCAAUAAAAGAUGAAGGCUAUAAGAGGCAUUGUCUCCCGCUGAUUUCAAUAUAUAUAGCGAUCAAAUUAAGAAGUCUUUGAGGAGUGUAAAAUAUCGGGUUUUUCCUCGAUAGAAAGUAGAGCUUGUCAAAAGUUUUUUUUUUCUCGAGCGUUGACAAAUGUUCAAUUUUUUCAGGUCUGAUAACUUCUAUGAUUUCUUUAUUCGAACAUCGCCAUUUCUGUGUCACUCCAAGAGUCAGUUGUUUCCGCUUUAGCAAGCGGAAGCGCUACUUAUUUCUCAUAAUUAGUUUCCUUCUCACCUGUCUUCCGCUGUAUGCUCUGCUACUUCUCAUGCCCAAAGAUCAGAUGGAAGCCAAGGAAAGUAUCAUCCAGGUAUAAUUAUAUCCCGGUGAACUUUGAAAAGGUGUAUUUCAGCUUCUCGGAUGUAUUCCAGAAGAGAUUUUCACCAACUCCUCAUUUGUCUUCGACCUCACAAACCGCACGAUAUGGGUUUUCUGUAGCAAUAUACUUUAUAUGAGCGUUGUCUGCGUCUUUUUCUGCGCCAGAAUAUCUUAUUAUCUUCUGAAACCUCAAAGUCACAUUUCGGCGAAAACCCGAGAGCAGCAAAAAACUUUCUUCUACGCUCUUUGUUGCCAGGUUGCUUCAAAAAAAUUUUUUUUCCUUUUUCCAGCAAAAAGUCAGGACUUAAUAGGGAAAAGCACAGAAAAAUCUCAGUUUCCAGUAUCAGAAAUAAAUGAUUAUUCAUUUUCAGCUUGUUGUGCCAUUAUUGUUCCUGACGACACCUUUCUUCAGUACUCUUAUUCUCUUCAUUUUCAAUCUCCCGAUGCGAGGUAAGAACAAAAUAAAAAUCGUGUUUUUUUCUAUAAGUAGCUUUCUAGCUCUCGCCACCCUGGAAACAUUCUCAAUCGGUCUUCAUGGAAUGAUGGCUACAAUGAUUUUAUUACUAAUGACAAAAAGUUAUCGCACUUUCUGUUUUGAAAUAAUAUGCAAGUUAUUUUGCAUUUCCUACAAGAGAAACAUUAAAAGUGAGAUUCUACGAUUUUCUUUCUAAAUACCAGUUUAUUUCAGAAAGCUCCGUGGUCUUGAACUCGCCGCACUUCAGAAUCGUGUCGCCGCAAGAGUUCAAGUUUUGA